AUGAAGAAAAACUCAAGUGAAGUCGGUCGACUAUUGUAAUUUUGCUGUGAAAAAUUAUUGGUAUUUUCGUGCUAUUUCGGGAACUGUUUAUUUUGAUUUGCGGUACACACUUCCCAUUUGAAGCCAGUGCAUAGAGAAGGCUAAAAUCCCUUUGUAAGUCCAGAGAAAUCAUUAAAAACGGCUACCGAAAAGCUUAACCCCAAAGAGCAGCCGAAUUACAACACAAUGUAUCAACAAGGCGGCUACCCACAGCAGGGUGGAUACCCGCAAGGGGGGUACCCUGGUGGGUACCCUCAACAGGGGGGGUACCCACCACCACCGGGUGCUUACCCCCCAGGUGGGUACCCUCAAGGUGGUUACCCACCGCCUACGCAACCUGGGUUCCAACAACCAGCGUACGGCGCAGGAUAUGGCGAGCCGGGAUAUGCGGGCCCGGGGGUGGGCGAUCUGGGCGAGGACGGGGAGGUGAAAGGCUUCGACUUCACGGAGCAAUCCAUCAGAAAGUCCUUCAUCCGAAAGGUAUACUCCAUCCUGAUGCUCCAACUACUGGUAACGAUGAGUUUCAUAGCACUGUUUCUGUUCCACCAACCCACCAAAAUGUGGGUGCGAUCGCAUGGGAUGCCUAUUUUCUGGAUAGCGUUCGCGAUAGUCUUCGUGUGUCUGAUAUCGAUGGCGUGUUGCGAGAACGUUCGCCGCACGUCGCCAACCAACUUCAUAUUCCUCGGGAUAUUUACAGUGGCUGAGAGCUUCCUGCUCGGGGUCACCACCAGCAUGUAUGAUGUUAGCGCUGUGAUGAUGGCAGUGGGUAUAACAGCGGCUGUGUGCCUCGCACUGACACUGUUCGCUCUACAGACCAAAUGGGACUUCACAGUGAUGGGCGGGGUACUACUUGUUUGCACCGUUGUACUCCUCUUAUUUGGUAUAAUCGCGAUCUUCAUUCCGAAAAACAACGUGGUGACUCUGGUAUACGCGUCACUCGGCGCACUCCUAUUCUCCUUCUACCUGAUCUACGACACGCAGCUGAUGAUGGGAGGCAAACACAAGUACAGCAUUUCACCCGAAGAAUACAUCUUUGCUGCCCUGAACUUAUACCUGGACAUUAUCAACAUCUUCAUCUACAUUUUGACCAUCAUCGGGGCUUCGAGAGAUUAGGAUAGAAAUUAGAGCGACGGUCGCGAAAGGAAUGUCUGAUGGUUUUUUUUUUCUACUUGCUAAAUGCGUCCGUAUUUUAAGGUUUGGUCGGGACCCCCGUGCGAGUUUGAGAAUAACAUAACAUAAGCUCACGACUAUAUCCCAAAGGGGUAGUUAGAGGUACAUACAUUAUAUCGCAAGAUGAACUAAGUACCCACGCCUCACCAAGCUUUCUCUUAGACCAACGUGAUAGGUGGUGAGCCGUAUCGCCGUCUAUAAUUAAAAGUAAAGGUUUGAGAAUCACUGAGAAUAAUAGUAGACUGGGGUUACAUUUGAUGGCUGAAAACUUAUUGUUUUUAAAUAUGGAAUUGGAGGCUUCUAGAAUCGCAUAUUUCUGAGCAAAUAAUCGAUUCUAUUCUUUCGAUCAAUUUUAUAACUCCAUUUAAUCGAUACCGGACGAAUCGCGAUAUGUUAGCUUUUUUUUUUUAAUUUCAGUUUAUUUAGAAUUUGUGCCCUAUUGCAAUAAGACUCGGCCCCUAUUUCAUGAGAUUUAAACAUAGCUGGGAGAAAUGGAUGUAUUUACUAUAUACCUCUGCCUAUCCCUUCGGGGAUAUUAGCGUGAUGCUAUAUUAUAUUGUGUAGUUGUUAUUCUGGGGCUUUUUAAGUGAGUGUUCUUUCUCGACUAUUUAUUUCUUAACGACUAUUUUUUUCCUACUUUCAUGCGGUGGUUUUAAGUUUGCCUUAACCUCCUAAAAUAACUACUUUAAAGUCGUAAGACCGAAUGUCCCUUUAAAAUCCAAACCCCAUUGUUUUACUAUUGUGUCUGGAAAUCUCGGCCUUACGAGGUUAAUUUCAUGGAACAUUCCCGAAAAUUUGCCGAUUUACCGAAAUAUAGUAUUAAUUAUAAAAUGUAUCUUAUUCGACAGAAGAAACUAGUUUCUAAAACUUAGCUCGGGAGUACUCGAAUAAAGGUGUAUACAGAUAUCGCGAAUGUACGGUGCGAAAGGUUUGCGCACACCCUAAUUUUUUUAGCUUUAAAAAGUACAUAAAUUGUAUGAAUAUGAAUUGAAAAAGACGCACAUCAUCUCACGCCGUGCAAUCCGAAGUAUUUUUAUAAACUUUAAUGUUGGCAGCGAUGGUGCAAUGGUGCCAAUUAUAACCUCAUUUUAG